AUGAGUUUGCAAUUGGGACUAGUUCUGGUCGCGUAUUGGGCGUUAGUAGCAGCUGAUGGCGCCGAAGCUGGUGGGGAUUUCAAUGCUGUAUUUGCGUCGGUCUUCGAAACGGUUGGUGCUAGUGGUAGCAGCGGAAGUGAGGCGAAAAAACUGUACUUGCAUCUCAAAGAUGAUGACGGCACAUUUUACGAAAAUGGGACUCUAGGCUCGAGGGUCUUCUGCCAAAACACAUACACCAGACAGCCCUAUGUGGCGAAUGGAUACAUUGGGGCGCGAAUACCAAAUGUCGGACUUGGGUUCUCACUUGACACCUUCAAUAUGUGGAGCGAUCCGGAGGUCCCGGGUUCGCUUAACAAUGGCUGGCCGCUUCGAGAACAAAGGUACUCAGGUGCGUAUGUAUCAGAUUUCUACUGCUUACAAGAGAAAUUAAAUUCGACCAACUUCCCAGAGCUAGAUGAGCAUGGCUAUACCACCGUCAUAUCGUCAAUUCCUCAGUGGACAAAUUUACAGUUUUCGAUACAAAAUGGGUCUCGGUGGUUCAAUGCCACCGAAGUCCAGGUGGAGGAUGCCACCAGUUACAGUCAAAAUCUGUCUUUGAAAGAUGGAAUUGUUGCCACCGAGCUGGAUUGGCUUGGUGGUUUACUCACUGUCAGGAGUGAAAUUAUUUGCCAUAAAAAGAUCAUGCCCCUCGCAAUUAUAUCUCUGAGCAUCAAGUUGAAUUCGGAUCUCCUAAUCGAUGCGGACGAGCUUGAUAUUGAAAUUCAUGAUAUUCUUGAUUUCAAUACUAGCCGUAGAACGGUUUUGAGAGACUCGGGUUUUGAUGAGAAAAAUCAAGGUAUUCACUUAACCGUCGAACCGGAAAACGUGCCAUAUUCUGACACAGUAAUAUAUUCUACAGCUUCAGUGGAACAUGGAGAAGAAUUGUUCAUUCCGAAUAUAAAACUUUCAACAAAUGAGAAAGUUGCACAAUCCUGUAAAGUGAAGCUAUCAUUCGAUAAUCCUUCUUUGACGAUUCGCAAAUACGUUGGGGUCGUAUCGUCAGAGUAUUUCUCAGGGUAUCAAAAGAACAUAUCUAAUUUGGAUUUUGCCAAACAAAUUGCUAUACAGAGUAAAGGACAUUAUGAUGAUCUUUUAUCUGCCCACAGAAACGCUUGGGCUCAACUCUAUGAUGGUGCUCAGAUUGAAAUUCCCUCUGAUGAUUUUCUAGAGAUGACUGCAAGGUCAUCGAUGUAUCAUCUGUUAGCUAAUACAAGAACAGCAAAUAUAUCAGAUGCCCGAGGUCUCCCGGUGCCUGUUUCAGGAUUAUCAGCGGACUCCUAUGGUGGGAUGGUUUUUUGGGAUUCUGAUAUUUGGAUGCAACCGGCAUUGUUGCCUUUCGCUCCAAAAGUUGCACUACAAAUCAGUAAUUAUAGGAACGUAACUCAACAUGAAGCAGUAUCGAAUGCACGUAGAAAUGGAUUUCCAGGUGCGGUUUAUCCUUGGACUUCUGGUAGAUUCGCCAAUUGUACUUCAACUGGACCAUGUUUUGAUUACGAAUACCAUGUCAACAUUGAUAUUGCAUUAGCUUCAUUUCAAGUUUAUUUGCACGGUGCAAAGGGUAUCGAUGAUGACUAUCUGAGAUAUACGACGUGGCCAAUAAUUAAAAAUGCUGCAGUUUUUUUUGCUUCAUUUGUCAAAUACAAUGAAACCUUAGAUAUAUAUGAAACUCAUAAUUUAACUGAUCCUGACGAGUUCGCUAAUCAUAUAAGUAAUGGUGCCUUUACGAAUGCAGGUAUCAAGAUGCUUCUCAAAUGGGCUACUGAAAUCGGGCUCCAUCUCGAAGAGGACAUUGACGAAAAAUGGAUAGACGUUUCCCAAAAGAUCUGCAUUCCGAAAGCACCAUCAAACAUAACUUUAGAAUAUUCAGGGAUGAAUAGUUCAGUUGAAAGUAAACAGGCAGAUGUGGUACUACUGAUCUAUCCGUUGAAUUAUAUUGAUAAAGAAUGGCACAAGAAUAGUAUCAAGGACCUUUACUUCUAUUCGGAGCGCCAAUCCGCAUCUGGACCGGCUAUGACUUCCCCCGUUUAUGCUUCUGCUGCUGCCGCGCUGUUGGAUUACGGUUCAUCUUCCCAAAGUCAUCUUUAUAAAUCAGUGCAACCAUUUUUAAGAGGUCCUUUUGCGCAAUUUAGUGAGCAAGCCAACGAUGAUUUUUUAACAAAUGGAUUAACUCAACCUGCUUUCCCUUUCUUAACCGCAAAUGGAGGGUUUUUGCAAAGUAUUUUAUAUGGAUUAACUGGGAUAAGGUUCUCUUAUGCCAUCGACCCAAAAACAAAGAAAAUUACAAGAAAGUUAAAGUUCGUUCCUACGGAUCUUCCUCUUCUUCCUGGUGGUAUUGCAAUUAAAAAUUUCAAAUAUAUGAACCAAGUUCUUGAUAUCAUUAUCGAUGAUUGUCAUGGUACUAUUUUUCAUAAAAUGGGUGAUACACCCAUUACCGUUGAAGCACCUGAGAAAACUGCAGUGACUGAUAAAGAGUACAAAGCAUACUCUUUUAGUAGUGCGCAAAAUUCAAAUCUUGAUAGCUACAUGCACACGUUAUAUCCGGGAGAAAAGCUUAUCCUUCCAUUGUUGAAGCCAAUGAAGAACAUCGAUGGAAAUAUUGUUGAAAGCAAAGAAGCAGCAAAUUUAACAGAAGGAGUUCCCGGUGAUGUUGCAUAUUCGGCAUUUGAUGGUAAUAAUUACACCCAUUGGCAGUCCUUUCGGAAAAACGAGACAGCUAUAUUAAUGAUUGACUUGGGCAAAAAUAAUCCUCAAAUAAUCAAAAGUGGAUCAAUACUCUGGGGGCAAAACCCAGCAAGAAAUAUAUCUAUUGCAGUUUUACCUGGUAUUUUCGAGUUGAAUAAUCUAAUAAAUGAAAAGCUGCACGACAAAGCUGCUUUACUGAAAGAAUGCAUCAAAGCGUCUGAGGGGAACUGUAGACUCAAUCUUUCUUUUGUACCUGUACUUCAGGACCUGAAAAUUAAGCCAUCGGAACAAUUCCUAAAUUCAACUGAUAUAAAUUUAUUGCCAGGCAAUAGUACGGAAUUUACGAUUGAUGAAAAGCAUGUCAAUCAUACCGAUAGUCACGGCGGUUCUAUGCUAACAAGAUUCGUCGUGUUCAGUAUGGAAGGCGCUUAUGGCGACGAAAGUGACAGUCAAGGUGCUACGUUGAAAGAGCUGGUUCUCAGGUCAUAA